CAGAAGUCAACUGCAAACUCUUCCCAGUACUGGAACUGGAGCAAAGAAACUAUUCCAGCAGUGGCCUCUGGGAUUGAAAAGGGAGGAAAGAAUUUCCAGUAAACAGAAUUAUCUUCACCCAAAGCGUGUGGCCGCAGAAGGGACAAGGAUUCUUCUCAACAUGGCUCAAAGUCUCCGGCUACACUUCGGACUUUCUGUCUGGGCAGUUCUGCUUCUGUUUCUGAUUGCUGGAUCCCAGAGCCAAACAGAUGAGCAAUUUCACCUUAAAAACCAUACAGAUAAAGAUACUCAAGGGAACGCUGAGAUCAUAUUAGAGUUACUUUGGGGAGGAAUUGAAAUUACGGCAAAUGAGACCAUCAGGAUAAAAGAUGAAGAAUUGGCCACGCUACGUCCUGCAAAGCACUUACUCUGGAUCUUUCAGCAUAAAGUUCCCAAAAAUCCCUCAGGAAUCGAAGAAUACCUGGAUCACUUCUCUCAGUCAGACACCCCAAUCACUCCAGAGGAAUUUGAGCAGCUUCUUUUCACUACUGUCUUUACUGCUUACCAGAUUCGUAUUGUCCAAGGCCUAGAUAAAAAUCUGUGGAUCAACCUUUUCUCUCAGCUGGUCAAUGAAAUCCUCCGGGAGCUCUGCAAACAAUUCUGUUCUGAGGAACUGACUGCUUCUGCUCAAAAUUUAGCCUCCAGGUCUUGGCAGGAAAUGCCUGCCUAUGUUAACGCAUUGAAGAAAUUCUAUCAGCCCAGCUUCGUCAUGAUUCAAGGAAACUGAUUUUCCUACGUCAAGGGCAAAACUUAAGUCAUCUUUCACACCAUAAUAUGCACACUAAAAUACAGAAAUACAGCUGCAUUUCUGUGAUGUCUGUAACAUUAUCUGAGACUCUGCAUGGACCAAAGUAGCAAUCUUCCUGCUUUGUUUUCCCAACUUCAGUAGACAGUCCUUUGUUUUUUACUGUAAUCUGAUUUAGGAGAGCCUUUCUCAAUGACCUUAAGAUAUACUAGAAUUUAUAACACCCAGUCAUGACUAGUCUGACAAAGAAUUCUGGGACUUGUAGUCCUGACACAUAUGGAGAACGCCAAGUUAGAGAAGGCGGACCCUGGAGCUUGGACACUCUAGGGUGUCCCAUUCAGAGAUUACUUUUCUCAAUGGAGAGGCCUUUGCUGUUGGCUGGGAUUAGGUUUCAGUGAAAAUAGGACUAUAUGUUUCCCCAUGCUAAUUGCUGUUAGAGAACUCAAAUUAUCUUCUCAUGUAGCAUAAAUGAUAAGAAAGCAGAUGCAUGUUAAAAGUAAGAUCUUGUCAUUAUAAGAAUAAUUACCUAUUUAGCAGGAUAAUUUUGAGAAAGCAGUGCUUAAGCAACAACAUUUCUUCAUUUUCUUUCUGUUAUAUUGUUGCAAUGGCGGAAAACCUUACCACUAAAACACAGGACCUGCAUAAAAAGGGAACAGAGAGUACCCAAAACAUUUUAAGGAAAGAGUUGGGAGGUGUUUCAUCAGGCAAUUUAAAAUGCUGAAUAUCCUAUUUGUAAAUUAUAAAUAACAAGUUUUACAUAUACAUUAAAUAAGAUGAGGACAUUAUAUAUGUUCACCU